AUCGUCCUCGCUUCCCGCAGAUGCCUCACCAAUCUCUCAACUGCCGCCCAUCCCUUGCUCUUUCAUUCCGGACGUGGCGGAACAACCUGAAAAGAUGUACACGGAUGCUAGAGGACAGAGUUCGAAAAGUGGUUCCCUGAAGAAAACGCACCUGCAUGGUCACGGUGCAUCAACCAGCUUGAUUAGUCAGCCGGUUUCGGUCAACUUGCCAUCACACAUAUUAUCUGUCCAGCCACUCCCCUCGCCUUCCGCCGCCACCAACGACGGGGAUACUUUGCCUGAUCACCCGUCUUUGGAGCGGCUUUCGAUCGCCGAGAGAGGUCAGACACAAGCACAAGGAGCUGGAGAGGAGGAGGCUGAAAGGAACGUUGGUGUUGAAGAAGGGGAGCUGGGGGUCGUAAAGGAGCCAGGUUGCGACACUAGGACUAUCAACCUCUCUGGUGACCACAAUACUCGACCAGAAACAAUCAUCACGUCCUCCGCCGACGUUGAUGCUAUGGCUGCUUCACCCCCUUGUACAACUGUGACCGAAAAGCCAGACGACAAAUCCUCCGAUCUCACCCCAGCCCAACCCCAGCUAUCGCCGAACCAAAAGAAACGGCAAAAGAAGAAGACUGCCGAAGCACGCAAAAAGGCCGGUAUGGAGCGCAACGAGACUGGUUUCUGGUGGCGAUACGGCCCUUCAUCCGGCAGCUCCGAGACCAACACCCUUCUCUCUCGGCGUGCCAUCCCAAGGGGACACGUCUUCCUAUGGGACCAUCCCGUCACUUUUCUCGGACCAGACUUCAACGUUGAUGCUGCGAAUGCAAUGUAUGACUCGAUCGCGGACAAGCCUGAGCAGAAAGCGCGGGUGGAUGGUUUGCGCAGGUCGGAAGGAAGGGACAGGGAGGAUGAUUCUGUGUAUGGGAAGCUGAUGGAUAAUAGUUUGGCACUGCAGUAUCCUGCUGGGUGGAGGGUGGUGCUGGAGCAUAUACCUUUCCUGAAAACGUCUUGUGAUCCUAACGCGAAUUAUGUGUGGGAUGCCCAACGCAGACGAGGUCAGCUGGUCUCCUUGAAAGAUAUACCCGACAACACCCCUCUCAUGGUCCGCGCCCAAGAAGGGUUCGAGACUUCUCAAAGCCGCCAAAAGAGGUAUGCGGAGAUUAGAAUGACUUGUCAUUGCGCUUUUUGCCAGCGCACCCCCGAAGAGCACAAGCACUCUGACCGAAACCGAAUCAGCAUCGCCCUCCUCAACAAGGCGAUGCAAACCGCCCUAAACUCCCCCUCCCCCUCCCUUCAAGCCCUUCUGCAAAACAUCGAAGAGGCCCUCCUCCUCAUGUCCACCGAAGGUUUCGUCGAAAUGUACCACGACGCCUUCCAAUACGGCUUGGCACUGUGUGCCGCGUGUGAGGAUGAAGAGAGUGCGAGAGAGUGGGCAAAGGGGGUGAGGGAUACGGCGUGUUUGGGGCAGAGCCAGGUUGCUGGGGGGUGGGAGGAGGCGGGGAGGAUGGUGGAGGAUCCGAAGAGGCAUGAGCAGUGGGGGCAGAGGGGGGUAGAGGAGAAGGGGAGGGGGCCGAGCAGGGAAGUGAUUCUUAAAACGAUUGGCGAGUUUGAUUUCGACGAAUGGAAGAAGGAGAUGAAAGAGAAGCCUCUUGGAGAGUAUGCGUAUCCCCCUGAUCUCGAAGAUGAGAAGGCAGAGUAGAGGGAGGGAUCGAGAAUGAGAGUGAGCGAAAGGGUUAAUUGUUCCAGUUGAUGGUCGGCAGUGACGUGUUGGUCUGU